AACCCGUUUACCUCACGCUCUUACACUAGAGUAGCAGAAGUAGACAGUGUUAGUGGCGAACAGCGAUCAUGAUUCAACUCAGCACACAAAAAAAAAAAAAACGAACGCAUCGUCAUGACUUGAAUUCAUCAUCACUGUCAACAACACUCCACCAGCAUUAAAUUCUCUCAACUAAACUUUCUUCCCUUUUUUCUCUCUUCCUCACACUCACUCUAACAAGAUCUCUCUCUCAUCAAUAUCCUUUCUCUCUCUCUCUCUCUAACUCUCUUCCUUUCUUUUUCUAGAUCUUCUACCGCAUUUCAUGGAUCCACAAACGAACCUUCCUUCAUUCCCCUUUUCGCUUUCUCUCUCCUAGGGUUUUCUUCUUCCCGCUUCUCAGCUAUGCUUUCUCUCAUUUGCCGCCGUCACGUCGCUCAGCUCCCAGCUGCUUCCGUUUGAUCAUGCUUUUCGUCGGAUUUUGUGUCGGCGACAGAGAAUGCUGCCGUCUGUUAUCUUCCUCUUUGCUCUACUCAACUUGCUUUUCUCUUCCCAAGUGGAGUCAUUUUCUCUGAGUGUGCCAUUUGCUUCAUUGGAACAAACUAAAUUGUGGUUAGUUAAGCCAUCUUAUGCACCAUCUUAUGCACCUGUGUUAUCUCCAUCUUACCAAGGUCCUAGUGCAACUCCGAAACACAAACAUCAUCAUCGUCACCAGCGCCAUCAUAGCAUGAGACCUUACCUAGGGGCUCCACCACCUUCCAAAGAGCAAGCUUGCGAUCAAAUAUGUACGGAUCCUCUCACGUCAACUCCCUUUGGUUCACCAUGUGGUUGUGUAUUUCCUAUGAAAGUCAAACUUACACUGGAUGUAGCUCCUUAUGCUGUUUUUCCAGUAAUGAACGAGUUAGAGUAUGAAGUUGCGUUAGGCACAUAUUUAGAACAGAGUCAGGUGAAGAUAAUGGGGGCAACUGCUGACGGUCAAAAUCAGGGAAGGACUGUUGUUGAUAUUAACUUGGUUCCAUUGGGAGAGAAAUUUGACAAUACAACUGCAGCCCUGACAUACGAGAGGUUAUGGCAUAAAAAAGUCCCUCUAAAUAAGAGCCUUUUUGGUGAUUAUGCUGUUGUGUACAUUACAUAUCCAGGAAUUCCAUCUUCACCACCAUAUGGAACUUCAAUUGGGAGCGGUCCCAGUGAAAAUGGUGAUGGUAGUUUGCCCGUCAGCGCCAAUUUUGCUAGCAAGAACCAGAAAACAAAUCUUAGAACCAUAAUCAUCAUUGCUUUGUCUUCAUUUGUUCUUUUGCUGGUUUUGGUUGGAGCAUUUUCUGUUACCCUGAAAUGGAGGAAGACUAGGAGACCAUCAAGUGCAGUUGGCCCAGCAUUUACAUCUUCUCUGAAUAAGAGAUCUGGUUUGGGGUCUAUGCUGUCAAGCAGUAUUACGAGCUCAACAUCAGUGUCCCUCAUGUCUGCAAUGCCUACUUCCAUUCUCUCUGUUAAAACAUUUUCACUGUUUGAGAUUGAGAAAGCAACACAUAAGUUUAAUUCAAAGAGAGUUUUGGGGGAAGGAGGGUUUGGACGUGUGUAUAGUGGUACAUUAGAAGAUGGGGCUGAGGUUGCAGUGAAGCUCCUUACAAAGGAUAAUCAAAAUGGAGACCGUGAAUUUAUUGCAGAAGUUGAAAUGUUAAGCCGUUUGCAUCAUCGCAAUCUAGUGAAACUUAUUGGUAUUUGCAUUGAAGGGCGCAGGCGUUGCCUGGUGUAUGAGCUAGUUCCUAAUGGCAGUGUUGAGUCCCAUUUGCAUGGUGAUGACAAGACUAGGGGACCUCUAGAUUGGGAAGCACGGAUGAAAAUUGCCCUUGGGGCUGCGAGAGGAUUAGCUUAUCUUCAUGAGGAUUCCAAUCCCCGUGUAAUUCAUCGAGACUUCAAAGCUAGCAAUGUGCUAUUAGAAGAUGACUUUACCCCUAAAGUUUCUGAUUUCGGUUUGGCACGAGAAGCAACCGAAGGAAGUAAUCAUAUUUCUACACGGGUGAUGGGGACUUUUGGGUACGUUGCCCCAGAAUAUGCAAUGACAGGCCAUUUACUGGUUAAAAGUGAUGUUUAUAGUUAUGGUGUUGUGCUUCUUGAACUUCUCACUGGCAGAAAACCAGUGGAUAUGUCUCAACCUCAGGGACAGGAGAAUCUUGUAACUUGGGCGCGGGCACUGUUGACCAGUAGAGAAGGUUUAGAACAGCUAGUGGAUCCAUCUUUGGCUGGAAGUUACAACUUUGAUGACAUGGCAAAGGUAGCAGCUAUUGCAUCAAUGUGCGUUCACUCCGAGGUCACACAGAGACCUUUUAUGGGUGAAGUUGUGCAGGCUCUUAAACUGAUAUACAAUGACACAGAUGAGACUUGUGGAGAUUAUUGUAGUCAGAAGGACUCCUCUGCCCAGGAAUCUGAUUUUAGAGGCGAGCUUGCCCCUUCUGAUAGCAGUUGGUGGAAUGGUGGAGGAUUAACGCCUCGAUUAACUUUUGGACAAGCAUCUUCCUUCAUCACAAUGGAAUACAGUUCUGGUCCACUGGAAGAUAUGGAAAACAGACCGUUUUCAACUUCAAGCUUUAAUGGAGAUGAGAUAUCUUUACCAAUUAGGCAUGGAAAUAGAUCAGGUCCCUUAAGAACGAUCCGAAGCAAGUUAUCUUUAUAUAGAUUUUCAGGAAGUCGGAGUGAGCAUGGGGAGCGUUCUUCUAAGCGAAGUUGGGUAUGAUGGUUACGGGGCUUAAGGUUUGGUGUAUUUUUAGUGUAUUUGAAAUGUACAGUUCCUAAAGGAAUCCGAACGAUUGAUUGAGUGACUGUUUAGCUUAGGCAUCUCAAACUUCUGCAGUUUUCAUGUUAAAAGGUUGGAGAGAUACAGAAUAUUGACUAAUUUUGAAAUAUUGAUUCAUUAUUAUACAAGGAGGAAAUGUAACUCUAACAAUGUUGUAAAUGCCUUGAAUUGUAUCUCGUGGCUCUAUUUGAUUUCA